GCGCGGGGGCGGGUCUCGCGAGACAGGCCUGCUGUCAAGAGGCUUGCACAAACUGUCAAUCCUGAGCCAAAGUUCCUAUUGGUCCUCGCUAGAGCGGCCAAAAAAAAUUUUCGCAUGACUAUUGGACAAGUAUGCGGAAGUAUGUCCGUGCCCGUGGCGUCAUCAUCAGUAGCCGGGAUCGGGACCUCUUUGGGUAAUCUGAUUGGCUGAAGCAGCCCGGAAACCUGGCCGGCGUGCGACAUAUCAUCCUUGUUCUUUCUGGAAAGGGGGGCGUCGGGAAGAGCACCAUCUCCACAGAGUUGGCCCUGGCGCUGCGCCACCAGGGCAAGAAGCAUCCUCCUCCUUGCAGGUGGGGAUCCUAGAUGUGGACCUGUGCGGUCCCAGCAUACCACACAUGCUCCGUGCACAAGGCAAGGCAGUGCACCAGUGUGACAAUGGCUGGGUGCCUGUCUUUAUGGAUCAGGAGCAGAGCAUCUCCCUUAUGUCUGUGGGCUUCCUGCUGGAAAACCCUGAUGAUGCCGUGGUGUGGAGAGGUCCCAAGAAACAUGCACUGAUAAAGCAGUUUGUGUCUGACGUGGCCUGGGGGGAGCUGGACUACCUGGUUGUGGACACGCCUCCAGGGACUUCUGAUGAGCACAUGGCCACUGUGGAAGCCCUGCGCCCCUAUAGGCCCCUCGGGGCUCUUGUGAUCACCACACCACAGGCGGUGUCUAUUGGGGAUGUGAGGCGGGAGCUGACAUUCUGUAAGAAGACUGGGCUGCAGGUGAUAGGGGUCAUAGAGAACAUGAGCGGCUUCACCUGCCCGCACUGCGCUGAGUGCACCAACGUCUUCUCCAGCGGCGGUGGGGAGGAGCUGGCCCAGCUGGCUGGAGUCCCCUUUUUAGGUUCCGUUCCCCUGGAUCCCCAGCUUACCAGGAGCUUGGAGGAGGGGCGUGACUUCAUCCAGGAAUUUCCCAAAAGCACUGCAUAUUCUGUGCUCACGUCCAUAGCCCAGAAAGUUCUGCACAGGAUGCCUGCUCUGUGCUCCUGACAGCCUUGCUGCCUUCUGGUGCUGUGUGCCUAUGGGACCUUUGGGAACAGAGGUCCUCAGGACUGUCUUGGGACCUGUAGUUGUUGGCCUGGGCAAUGGCUGCUCUAAACGAUUACGUCCAUGCAGAGAUCCUCCGCAGGCCCCAGCGUCAUUUCCUGACACUAGCAUCACCAAACUAGUCUCUAGCUGAGGGGUAGCUUGUAUCCUGGUUUUGUGUCCUGUCUUGACACAGAGUAGCCUUAAGCUCCAGCUCUAGGUGUUUGUCCAGGUCCACGGGCUGCUCUGACAGCCACACCACAUAGGAGCUGGCCAGUGCUUUCACAUCCUGACUGCCCCUGAGUACCCACACACGCUGUGCUGUGAGCCUUUUGUGACACUGUGGUUUACAGGUACAUCAGGUAACUUUAUAGAACUCUGCUGUUAAACAGACCACCCCAUCUUGUGAAGAACCCAGCAUCCAAACCCACUGUUCUCUGUGAGAUGGCUCUUGAGUCCCUACAUUUCAUGGCUGGGACAAGCAGUAUUAGUAAAGAUAUAAAGGGCCUGAAGAUGU